UUAUAAGUUGCAGUCUCUCUCUUCAUUCUGAACCCCUUCAAAGCUCAGACCUCAGAGCUCUCAACCUUUCCAUCGAUCUUCGACGUUUCAAAGCUCCAUCUCGGAGAAAAGAUCUUUGAGGGCACUCGUUCGAUUUCUUCAAGAUCCCUUGUUGGAGAAAUCAUAAUCCCAUUUAUCAAAGAAACUCCAGCAUCAGUACAACCCCAUCACUUUUCCUUCAUCUUGACCGAAUCUGUGGUGGGUAUUCACAAAUAUCUGUGAAGAUGAAUGAUCUUAUGACAAAAUCGUUCCUCAGUUAUGUUGAAUUGAAGAAACAGGCCAUGAAAGAUCUCGAAUCUGAGCCAGACAUCGAGAUGGGAAAACUCGACCCAACAGAUGAACAAAACCUUACUAACUUCUUCGAAGAAGUGGGUGCAAUCAAGACAGAUAUGGAAGAGAUCGUCAAUCUCCUUCUAGACCUACAAGAUCUAAAUGAAGAGUCAAAAUCUACGCACAGUGCUAAAGUUCUUCGAGGGCUCAGAGACCGAAUAAACUCAGACAUGGUAACUAUUCUUCGAAAGGCGAAAAAUAUCAAAGCAAGAUUGGGAUCCCUUGAUCAAUCCAAUAUCGAUAAUCGCAGUAUAUCAGCUGCUUACAAGGAAGGAAGCCCAAUUGAUAGAACCAGAAUGUCAGUGACAAAUGGGUUGAGAAUUAAGCUAAGAGACAUGAUGAAUGAUUUUCAGUCCUUGAGAGACCAGAUUGUGAAAGACCACAAAGAAUGUCUCAAGAGGAGGUACUUCAAUGCCACUGGAGAGGAACCCAGUGAGGAAGUCGUAGAGAAGAUGAUUUUGGGAGGUGGGCAAGUGAAUGUUUUUGAUGGGAAGGCAGAUUUGGUAAUGGAGAAUCAGGAGAGGCAUGAGGCUCUGAAGGAGAUACAGAGAAGCUUGACAGAGCUCCAUCAAGUUUUUCUGGACAUGGCUGUUUUGGUUGAGAGACAAGGGGAAGAGGUCAAUGAUAUCGAGCAGAAUGUGGCUCAGGCUGGAGAUUACAUCAGUGAGGGGACAAAGAAGCUUGAUUCUGCUAAGCAGUUAAAGAAAAGGUCGAUGAAAUGGACUUAUUGUCUUGGAGCUCUCAUCUUUGUCUUGAUAUUGAUAUGCCUGAUUUUGACUUUCUUGAAGAAUUGAACAAUCAUAUCUCUGUCUUACUGGGUUUUUCAGAGAGGAGGGGGUCUGGUAUAUAUAUACAUGGAUACACAUAUAGACGUCUUCUUUUCCAAUAUUGCUUGAUAACAACUGAGAUUUUGUUGUGGUUUUGUCAUUUUCCAUUCUUAUACUGUAAAUGAAGUGGAAACUCAGGGAUUUGCUCAAGCUCUGAACAAAAGUACUCUUGGUUCUCUUCUUUUUCUUUGAUUUAUCAAUGAGUGUUUUUGGAUUUCUCAAUC